UGGGUUGAAAAGAAGGGUUCACUAAAAGUCAGUUACUAAGAAAAGAAACCAAAACCAGAAAAAUGCAAAAACAAACAUGAGUUCUUCUCGAAAAUGGGCAAAAUCCAUUUCUUCAAUUGCUUCUCGUCUUUAUUUCCUUCUCAUCAUCUUUCAAGUCCCUCUCUUUAGGGUUUCAUGUCGAAGUGGAAUAUGCAUAAAUCCGGUCCAAGUAACGUCUUCUCAACUAAUAGCAAGUGAAAUGUUGCCUGUUUCAUUUGUGAAGAUCCUUCUUUAUCCAGGAUCGAUUGUGAAUGCUGUCAUCAAUGGUGUAAGCAUUCCUAGUUAUGAUGAUUUGUUGGAUGUUUAUAAUUUUACUCAUGUAAAAGAGGCUUUUGCAGUCAUUGAUCUUAGGCAUCUUGAGAUAUUAGCAGGAAGCUACUUCUGUGUUUUCGGAGCAAUACUUGGUCUGCUAAAGUACAACAGGUUAAGCUUAUUUGGGAUGUUGCUACUUAUAUGGGGCUUAAUUAAAGAAAUCAUGAACCAAAAAUCGAGUUGCUCAGUCCAAGUUUCUCCAUUCAUGUUAUUAGUAGCUCUAUUUACGGCGUUAUCAUCUAUCAAAAGCGAUGUAAGAAUCAUAAUUAGAAGCUUUCAAGCUCACUAUUCUGCAACAGCAGCUGCUGAGAUGCAUGAACAUGUAAAGAAGAGGAAGAAAGAUAGGGAAAUGAAGAGGCUUGAAUGGAAUGUUAAUUAUGUUAACAACAAUGCUAAAACUACUAGGUCUACAAAAGUUGCACAAGAAGGAAUUACUAAUAGUACAUUUUACUGAUCUUUUGAUGUUGGACAACUUUUUCCUGUGUGAUUUUUUUUGUAGUGUGCUUGAAAUUCCUUCGUAAUUUCAUUUAUUAUUAUAAAUUAGACCUGGUUUUGGAUAUGGUAGCUCAAUGGGGAUUGGGUUUGGUCAUGUUAAUAGGGUUUUUAUUGGGUAGGGCUUUUAUUGGACAAGGUCAAUAUAGGGCCGAACUUAUAAUACAAUAAUUUUGAAA